AAAUCCCUACUAUGCCUCUGGAAAGUAAAAUCUAGUAGACACACUUGGCUGUGUUCAGAUAAUCUGUAUAGCAUUAGAAAAUGCAAUUUUAAAAAAUCACUGAACUUUUGUUCAUUGUUCAUUGUCUUUUAUUUUAUUUGCAGUUCUGGGAAUUGCCAGUGCAGAGCGGGUGUCACUGGCUCCCUGUGUGACCAAUGCAAAGAUGGACAUUAUGGCUUUAAUAAGACAGGCUGCUUGCCCUGCCAGUGCAACAACCGGUCUGAUAGUUGUGAUGUUCUCACAGGUGCUUGUUUUAACUGCCAGGAAAAUAGCAAAGGGGAUCACUGUGAAGAAUGCAAAGAAGGAUUUUAUCAGAGUCCAGAUGCUACUAAAGAAUGCCGCCAGUGCCCUUGUUCAGCAGUGACUUCUACGGGCAAUUGCACCAUAGAAUCUGGUGAAUUGGAGCCUACAUGUGUCCGGUGUAAAGAUGGUUACACAGGACAGAACUGCAAUAAGUGUGAAAAUGGCUUUUACAAUUCUGACAGCAUCUGCAUACCGUGCAGUUGUCAUGGCCAUGUGGACCCAACUACAACUCCAAAGAUUUGCAGACCCGAGAGUGGUGAAUGCAUCAACUGCCUCCAUAACACCACUGGGUUCUGGUGUGAGGACUGCCUAGAAGGGUAUGUUCGAGACCUCCGGAACAACUGCAUCAGGCAAGAAGUUAUUGUUCCAACUCCUGAAGGUUCUACCAUUUUGGUUUUCAAUGCCUCUUUGACCACAUCAGUGCCCACCCCUGUUAUAAAUAGUACAUUUACCCCCACAACCCUGCAGACUAUCUUUUCAGUAAGUUCUUCUGAAAACAGCACCUCAGCUCUCGCUGAUGUAUCAUGGACCCAGUUUAACAUCAUCAUUUUGACAGUCAUCAUCAUUGUGGUAGUGCUGCUAAUGGGAUUCGUAGGAGCUGUGUAUAUGUACCGGGAGUACCAAAACCGGAAACUCAAUGCUCCCUUUUGGACCAUCGAGCUGAAAGAAGACAAUAUCAGUUUCAGCAGCUACCAUGACAGCAUUCCCAAUGCAGAUGUGUCAGGAUUGUUGGAGGACGAUGGCAGUGAAGUGGCUCCCAAUGGGCAGCUGACCCUGACGACACCCAUUCAUAACUACAAAGCUUGAGGAGCUGGGCUGUCCUCCUGGAGUGCCAGAACACAAUACUCACUAAAACGCAUCUGCCCUCCAGCCCCAGGUAGCCUGGGUAGAGUUUGCUGAGAAUGGCAUCGUGCAAAUGAACUGUUCAGGUACAAAUUGUAGUGCGCUUAGCCUAUCUGUUGCUCUUAAUUCAUCCCCAUGAAGAUCUGAAGCACUCAUUAUCAUUGAGGACUUGAAGUAAAGUAUAUUUUUGUAGCAAACCACAUGUGUGUAUGGAAAGGCUGAAUCCCACACAGUAGCUCAAGUCUACCCAGCCUCUCAAAGGACUGCUGGGAAAGUGGCCAUCUCACCAGCCCUGACAAAAUGCUGAUGUGGAGGGAAAGACUGAUAGAAGAUCAUCUUCAUUUUGGGAACAUAUAUUUUAAGAAGAGGCAGGAAUUGUGUUCAUUUCACUCUACUAAAAGCUAUAAUUGAUGAAAAGCUGGUGUCUAGGCUGAACCACACCAAACAAUCUUGGCUCUGUGUAGACUAAGGGCAGAAAAGUUCCAAGAGGAUCUGAAGAAGGGCUUGGCUUUCCUCCCAUGAGUCUCCUUCAAGGAUGGGAUGAAAGCACAGGAUAAGCCUCUGUGGUGAGGGCAGGUGCAGCACCCAGAGAGCAGAAAGUUGAUGAUCCUCUUCAGGGGAGGUGCCUGCCUCUAAAGAAACAAGGUGUACAUAGUUAAUGUAGCAUACCUGCUCCACAUUGUACUUGUAUCUAUUUGUAAAAAAAUCAUGUCCUAUUUUAUCAUCUAGACUUUAUUUGUAUAGCAGUUAAUGGUGUUGUAAAAAGAAGAUAUGGAAAUUGGUUAAAAUACUGUAAAAUAGGUGGCAAUAUUGCUAGAGCUGAGAACUCUGUUGAACACCAUUCACUUUUUGUCCCUAUUUGGACACCGUUGAAAUUUAUAAGAGGUCAAAUGUUUCUAAUCUUUCCUCACUCAACCUAGAUUCAUAUGCUCUUUGACUUAUGAUAGAUUCAAGCAAUAGAUUUGAAGUCUGUAUUAUUAAACUGGGACAAAGGCUGCAUUCUCUAGAUACUCACUUAAUUAGCCACUCUGUGUGUUUUACAUUGCUCAGUGUAAACAUCCUCAGAAAAAGACUUCUUUCCUGAAUGUAAAAGACAGUCUUCCAAAGGACAGAACUUUUAAAUUAAAAAAGAAAAGCCAUCACGUUACAUGGGGCACCUCGUUUUUAUGCCCAUGAAAUACAUAUGUACCUCCCAUAGCCUCCAAAAUAAAGGCCACUGAUAUAUGAGCAUAACCUGUCCCCACGAAUCAUGAGGGAUAUUUGACUUCUUUAGUGUAGAAUCCAUCCCUCUUCUUGUCUGGCAGAGGGUUACUCUGGUUGAGUGUGCAUUUUGUCCUUAUUUGUAGGUGCCAUUUUCCCCUGAGGCUGAGUACUGAUUUUUUCAUCCAUUAUGCACUGACAGGUGUGGACUAA